AAUUGCUCAAAACUCAGCUAAAUAAUCACAGCAACCCUCAGCUCUUAAAUUACAGUCGACCAUAGCAGCACACACUAUGCAACAAGGGUGAGGUCAGAAUCUACUCAGACGGCAAUCUUCCCUUCGUCGUCAACACAGAGUUGUUAUGUCGUCAAAUCGUACUGCAACUGAUAGCAAUGGGUGUCCUCAAGCUGGUUGGAAUGGACUAGCUCGAAACAAGUUCCGCAAGGGUGAUCGUACCCGGCGUAUGUGGGUAGUAAGAGAGGAAGAAAUAUUGGUCUCAUCGUUGCUAGAGUUGGUGGCGAGGGGCUGGAAAUCAGACAAUGGGUUCCGUGCUGGAUACCAACAGAAGGUUGAAGAUGAUAUCCGGAAAGAAUUUCCAAAUUCCGACAUCAAGGGAAACCCGCACAUUUCAUCCAAAAUAACGGCUUGGAAAAAAAACUAUAACAGUCUUCGCGACAUACUCAGCCGUAGUGGCGUAGGUUUCAAUGUGAACAGCGACUAUAAGAUAGAUAUUGAUGACGAUCAGUGGGCGCAAGUUGUGGCGGCUGACAAAGAUGCAAAAUUCAUGCGAUACAAAUCGUGGCCGUACUGGGAGGCUUGGCAAUGCAUCUUUGGCAAAGACCGUGCUAAGGGAUCGGGCUCGGAGAAUAUAGACGUGGCAGCUACUAGUCAGCGUGCCCAAAUGGCAAGUGCUAGCCAAACUAACGAGAAUGACUACCACCCCACAUUUGAGGAUUUCCUAGGUGAUGAGAUACCUCCAAAUUCGUCAGGUACUGCUGAUAAACAGAAUAGCAGUGAAGCACAGUCCGGGCAGCAGCAAGCCGUAUCAACGACCAAAUCUGGCGGGCAGAAACGAAAACAGCCGUCAUCUGACGACGCACUCAUGGAGUUCCUUGGGAAUUUGCAUGCCCAGACCAAUUCACGCUUGGAAACCAUCUCUUCUAGGAUCGGAUAUGAGUUCGAUAUGGGAAAGGCUCGUCAAGAGGUAUUCGACUAGCUGGGAAGUGUCGAUGGUCUUACACUUAAACAGAGGUACUACUUGUGUAACAUUCUCAGUGACAAGCCCCAGCGGAUGGAGGUUUUCAUGGGGAUGCCCAUGAAUGCUAAGUUGGGGUAUCUGCUACUUCUCCUUGAUGAAGAACGUCCUAGCGUCUAAGUUGCUGUCUGUCGAGUGCAAGUAUGGUUCUCUAUCUUUUGGUUGUAUAUAAUCUAGUUGCAUAUAAGUACUACUAUUUUGUGAUUUUCCUUCAGCUUGCAAUGCAGAUGUGCAUGUCCCAAGGAGUUGUUGGUUUAGGUGCAGUGUGGUGUACGUUCUGCACUUGUCCAACAACUCCGCUUUUGUAUGAACUGAAAUCAUCUUAGUGUGAACUCAGUUAUAAUGUUAUGUCAUGCUUGUAAACUCUUUGCUUCCCGGAUGUUGUAUUAGAAAACCUUAUCAAUGGAUGGGGCACCUUUGUCUUUGUAAUGCCUCUUAAAUGGUUUGAAGAUGCUAUUGUUUAUAAGAAAACCAAUCACAUCACAAGAAAGGUUGGAUUUUUGGUAUUA